AUGGCCCCUAGACUGUGCAGAGGGCGAGGAUGUCCUCGUUUCGCUGGCAUUACUCUAACGUACCUCCUCAGUUUACUUUUUCUUCAAAAAGCGCCGGAAGCUGAGGCAGCGGUAGUUCUGGAAGACCUCUCCAUUUUGCCUACCUUCAAUGUGGGCAUGCGCAGCCAGAUAAAACAUCCGGAGACUAAAGCUCUCGUGGCCAAAGUGGUAUCUGCUGAGGUCAGGUAUACUACGGAACAAAUAAACGUGCGUAUUCAAUAUGAGGCCUUAACAAACGAAUUCUACGCAAACUGCUUUCUCAACGGUUCCGACUUUAUGGCUGAGUUUAUAAGGUAUAAACUGCGAAUAAGAAGGCGUGCAAGUGAGUACAUGGCGGAUAUUUACAUCAAGCGACGGAGACAAUAUGGCCUGUUCAUGCUUUCCUUCAAAUUAGAACCGCGAAAGUUUACUGAUCGCCUGAUGGUGCAGUAUGCCGUUAACCUCCAGGACAGUGGUAACAGGGCCGUCACCAAAGGUUGCCCCAGUUCGUUUCACAUAUUUCCAAGCAUCAAGACCAUGCUCAUCCAGUUCUUAGUGGAAGAAUUUACACCAAUGCACAUUCAUUGGGAAAAAAUUAUCGUUUUUAAACGGGUGCAUGUGAGAGCAACGGGCGUCUCUUUGAUUCACCUACCUCUACUUGUAGUGACUCGAAAGCCCUUUAAGGCGACAUUUCUCACCCUGUGGUCCUUCCAGGAUUUCGUUGGCUCCUUUGGUACAGAUGGCUUCCUCCGCCUGCAAGGUUCAACUGUAAGUCCAAAAAGAUAG